AUGGGUAUUUGGGGCAAAAAUCUGACUGCCGUCUUCAUGCAAACCAGAAGAGCAGUUCCUCGUUUUCUAGAAUCAUGUAUGUCUUAUGUUCUCGAAAAAUAUGUCGAUGAAGAAGGAAUUUUUAGAAUUCCUGGUGAUGUAAAUAAAAAAACUGCGAUUAGACAAUUUGCUGAUGCGACAGAUACAUUUGAUGAAAAUUUGACUACCAGUCCGUUCGAAGUUUGUAAUGUUAUUACUCAAUUUAUCCGAGAUAUACCUGAUUCAAUUUUGAUGAAUUCGAAUUUGCAAACAGUCAUAGAAAUUUACGAUGUUAAUGAUGCAAAAGAUUUUGUUAAUACCCUUUACUUUAUAAAUAGAGCUCUUUUUUCAAGAAUAAUCGCGUUUUUUACUUUAAUCACAAAACAUCCAUCGAAUAGAAUGAAUGCAUCGAAUAUAGCUAUUAUUUUGUCUCCCAUUUUGAUAUGUGAUCCGCAAAAUCCUGCAUUCAUUCUUCCAAAAAAUAUCAUAGAAAUUUUCCUAAAUCAUUAUGACGAAGUAUUUUCUACAAUUCCCGCACUACUUCCAAAUGGUGAAUGGAUGCCUAGCGAACAAUACGAAAAAUCCCUUGGAGAUCUAACAGAAAGUUUCUUUUGCCAGAGUACUUACAUCAAUCCUAAAAUUUCUUCGAUGGAAGAUGUAGAAAAGAAAUUAGAACCUAGUGAGCAGAUUUGUCGUAAUAUCAGUAUUGAUGAAGAUAACAUAGGUCAUAUUCUCAAGUUCUUACUUUGUUCGGAUAGAGAUGAAAUGGCCAUUUCAGAGCAGAUACUUGAAAAUCUAUAA